AAGCGCCAACUACUCUCUAGGCGCACCGCAGCCGUACUAUACAGCAUAAAGUGUGCAUCCCACUUCAGAUAUUUCCUCACAACAAACCCAAAAAAGUUCCCCCAAAGAUUUUCUCUCUCCUCCCUCCAUUGUAAUUUUCUCGACAACAUGGCCAUGGCAGCCACCUCUUCCGCACAAACAAACCUCCUUCUCAAAACCCAUUUCAACCAAACACAAACCCAAACCCAAACCCAAACCCAUUUCCUUCCGAUCAACAUCAAGAUCCGAAAACCCAUCUCCAGAAUAACCUGCUCCGCCGCACCAACAACCCAACCCAAAGCCCAACCCAAAGCCCAAGAUGAGCGCGUAUUCAACUUCGCCGCCGGCCCAGCAAUCCUCCCUGAAAAAGUCCUACAAAAAGCCCAAUCUGAAAUCAUGAACUGGGGUAACUCCGGCAUGAGUGUGAUGGAAAUGAGCCACCGUGGGAAAGAAUUCACCUCGAUAAUCGAAAAAGCUGAAUCAGAUCUACGAACCCUUUUAAAUAUUCCAUCAAAUUACACCAUUCUCUUUCUUCAAGGUGGCGCAACAACACAAUUCUCCGCCAUUCCUUUAAACCUAUGCACUAACUCAACUGACCCAGUUGAUUACCUAGUUACUGGUUCUUGGGGGGACAAAGCUGCUAAAGAAGCCGCAAAAUACGCCGAUGUUUCCGUUAUUUGGUCGGGUAAAUCCGACAACUAUGUCAGAGUUCCGAAAUUUGAUGGGUCAGAGUUUGUGCAAAAUCCGAACGCAAGGUAUUUGCAUAUAUGCGCAAAUGAAACAAUUUAUGGUGUUGAGUUUAAAGAAUACCCUGAAACUGUUAACAAAGAUGGGUUUUUGGUGGCUGAUAUGUCGUCUAAUUUUUGUUCUAAACCUGUUGAUGUUAGUAAAUUUGGGUUAAUUUAUGCGGGUGCACAGAAAAAUGUGGGUCCAUCUGGGGUUACAAUUGUGAUUGUUAGGAAUGAUUUGAUUGGAAAUGCACAGAAAAGCACACCAAUUAUGUUGGAUUAUAAGAUUCAUGCUGAUAAUAAGUCACUUUAUAAUACACCACCUUGUUAUGGGAUUUAUAUGUGUGGGUUGGUUUUUGAGGAUUUGUUGAAUCAAGGUGGGUUGGUUGAGGUUGAGAAGAAGAAUAAGGUUAAAGCUCAGAUAUUGUUUGAUGCUAUUGAUGAGAGUGGUGGGUUUUAUAAGUGUCCGGUUGAGAAAUCAGUCAGGUCUUUGAUGAAUGUUCCGUUUACGUUGGAGAAAUCGGAACUCGAGGCCGAUUUUAUUAAGGAGGCUGCCAAGGAGAAGAUGGUGGCUCUUAAAGGUCAUAGGUCUGUUGGAGGGAUGAGAGCUUCUAUAUAUAAUGCUAUGCCUCUUGCUGGUGUUCAGAAGCUGGUUGCUUUUAUGAAGGAUUUUCAAGCUAGGCAUGCUUGAACACAUUUUGGGAUAUAUCUAUGGAACUUUCUUGCUAGGGAAUGAAUAUCUGAGUGUUUUGUUUUGUUUUGUUUUGUUUUGUUUUGUUUUGUUUGUUGUUGGUGAGAUCAUGAAUGAUCAUGGAGUAUUUUAGUAGUAGAAGCAGGAUUUCUUUUUUGAAUAUUGUAUGGCCAACUACAAGAGCCUGUGACUGGCUGAAUAAUUGAAUCAAUGUUAUGAUCCUCAUUAGUUUAUAGGAGUAUCACAUUGUUGUAUGCACAACUUAAUGAUAAUUACCAUUUGCUGGAA